UUGGAGGGAGUAGACUACUCAUCCUCCACGGGCUAUUUGUGAAUCAAUUUGUCCUUUUCUGCUUCACUUUUGAUAUCAAUUUUCGCCAUGGAAGCGUUGGAGCUUGCUUCUGAUCAGGAAUUAGAUCAGAAUUCACGUUCAAAAAUGGACCAAGAAAGGCCAAGUAUUUCUUUCUUUGGUUUAUUUUCUGCUGCUGAUAGAAUUGAUUAUUUCUUGAUGUUUUUGGGAAGUGUCGGUUCAUGCAUCCAUGGUGCUGCUCUUCCUGUAUUCUUUAUCUUUUUUGGUCGUAUGAUUGAUUCUCUUGGAAAUUUAGCUUUGGAUCCUCACAAAAUGUCUUCACAGGUUUCCAGGCAUGCGUUGUAUUUAGUAUAUCUGGGGCUUGUCGUUUUUGCAUCAGCUUGGAUUGGUGUAGCGUUUUGGAUGCAAACUGGGGAAAGGCAGACAGCUCGUUUGCGACUCGAAUACUUUCAAUCUGUAUUAAAAAAGGACAUGAAUUUUUUUGACACAGAAGCAGGAGAUUCUAACAUCAUAUAUCACAUAUCCAGUGAUGCAAUACUAGUGCAAGAUGCAAUAGGUGACAAGACAGGCCAUGCCAUACGCUACCUUUGUCAAUUCAUUGUCGGAUUUGCUAUUGGAUUUGCAUCUGUGUGGCAACUUACACUCCUCACCUUGGCUGUGGUUCCAUUGAUAGCUAUUGCUGGGGGAGCUUAUACUGUAAUUAUGUCUACCUUAUCAGAAAAAGGUGAGGCGGCAUAUGCUGAAGCUGGGAAGGUUGCAGAUGAGGUUAUUUCUCAAAUCCGCACGGUAUAUUCAUUUGUGGGAGAGCAUAAAGCAAUAGAAGCAUACUCGAGGUCACUUACGAGCGCACUUAAGUUGGGGAAGAAAAGUGGGAUUGCAAAAGGAGUUGGUGUUGGAUUUACUUAUGGACUAUUGUUUUGUGCCUGGGCAAUGCUUCUCUGGUAUUCCAGCAUACUUGUAAGGCAUCACAUCACAAAUGGGGCAAAAGCAUUCACAAUGAUUAUCAAUGUCAUUUUUAGUGGAUUUGCUCUUGGUCAAGCUGCUCCAAACCUUGCUGCUAUUGCUAAAGGUCGGGCUGCGGCUGCCACUAUCAUUAACAUGAUUGAAACAGGCUCUAACCCUUCUAAAAGGUCAGAACAUGGAUCAGAAUUGCCAAAAGUAGAAGGGAAAAUUGAAUUUUCCAAUGUCUGUUUUGCUUAUCCCUCACGACCCAGUAAGGUCUUUGAAAAUCUGAGCUUUACAAUAAGUGCUGGGAAGACCUUUGCGGUUGUCGGCCCCAGUGGCUCAGGAAAAAGCACUGUUAUAUCCAUGGUUCAACGUUUCUAUGAUCCCAAUUCAGGUAAAAUACUAUUGGAUGGACAUGAUCUUAAGACUCUUCGGUUGAAAUGGCUGAGAGAACAGAUGGGAUUGGUGAGCCAGGAACCUGCAUUAUUUGCCACAACCAUAGCUGACAACAUUCUGUUUGGUAAAGAAGAUGCAAAUAUGGAUAAGAUUGUUCAAGCUGCCAAAGCUGCUAAUGCACAUUCUUUUAUCCAACAAUUACCUGAUGGCUAUCAUACUCAGGUGGGGGAAGGAGGAACUCAGCUCUCUGGUGGACAAAAGCAAAGAAUCGCUAUAGCAAGAGCAGUGUUGAGAAACCCAAAGAUAUUACUUUUUGAUGAGGCUACUAGUGCUCUUGAUGCAGAAUCAGAAUUCAUUGUUCAGCAGGCACUGAAUAAAAUCAUGUCAAAUAGGACUACAAUUAUUGUUGCACACCGCCUAUCAACAAUUCGAGAUGUUGAUACCAUCAUUGUCUUGAAGAAUGGUCAAGUUGCUGAGAGUGGGAGCCAUUUAGACUUGAUAACAAAGGGAGGAGACUAUGCAACUCUUGUGAGCUUGCAAGUUUCAGAACAUCCAACACGGUCAAAUUCAAUAGGUGGUUCUGAAGCUUCUGGGAAUUCUAGCUUUCGACAACUUCCCCACAGCCAAAACAACCAGCAGGAUUUUAAGUCGAUCUCAAUAAGAGAGCUGCAAUCAAAAGAUGAUGGUAUGCCUUUACAAAAACAUUCUCCCACUCCAUCGAUUUUGGAACUACUAAAACUAAAUGCACCAGAGUGGCCUUGUGCUUUGCUUGGGUCACUAGGUGCAAUUUUGGCUGGCAUGGAAGCUCCUCUGUUCGCCCUGGGGAUUACACAUGUAUUGACAGCAUUUUAUUCCCAUGAUGCGUCUGAAAUGAGACAUGAGAUUCAACGGGUAUCUCUUAUUUUUGUUGGAUUGGCCGUUGUUACCGUUCCUAUAUAUCUUCUGCAACACUACUUUUACACGUUGAUGGGAGAGCGUCUCACCACUCGCGUUCGCUUGUCAAUGUUCUCAGCUAUCCUUUGCAAUGAGAUUGGCUGGUUUGAUUUAGAAGAGAAUAACACUGGCUCGCUAACAUCAGCUUUAUCUGCUGAUGCAACCUUAGUACGCAGUGCUCUUUCGGACCGACUCUCAACAAUUGUGCAGAAUGCAGCACUUACAGUAACAGCAUGUGCUAUUGCUUUCACAUUGAGCUGGCGCAUAGCAGCUGUUGUUGUUGCCUCCUUACCUCUGCUCGUGGGAGCUUCCAUAGCCGAGCAACUAUUUCUCAAGGGGUUUGGAGGAGACUACCAUGCGUAUUCUAGAGCAACUGCAGUGGCACGUGAAGCGCUCACCAAUAUUCGUACUGUUGCUGCAUUUGGGGCUGAAGAAAGAAUCUCUGUUCAAUUUGCCUCUGAACUCAACAAACCAAACAAGCAAGCACUUUUAAGGGGACAUAUUUCGGGUUUUGGCUAUGGCCUUACCCAGUUAUUCGCUUUUGGUUCCUAUGCGCUCGGCCUUUGGUAUGCAUCAGUCCUAAUCAGACACAAAGAAUCCAAUUUUGGACAUAUCAUAAAGUCCUUCAUGGUUUUGAUAAUCACUGCAUUGGCUAUAGCAGAAACGCUUGCUCUUACACCAGACAUUGUGAAGGGUUCACAAGCACUUGGAUCCGUUUUCAAUGUUCUCCACAGGAAAACUGCUAUCGACACUAACGAUCUCUCAUCGAAGGUGGUAACUGAUAUCAAAGGGGAUAUAGAAUUCAGAAAUGUGAAUUUCAAGUACCCUGCCAGGCUUGAUAUCACCAUUUUUGAGCUUUUAAACCUCAAAGUUCCAGCAGGCAAAAGUCUGGCUGUGGUAGGCCCAAGUGGCUCGGGGAAGAGCACUAUAAUUUCCCUGAUACUGAGAUUCUAUGACCCCAUUUCUGGGACAGUCCUGAUUGAUGGAUGUGAUAUUAAAACCUUGAAUUUGAAAUCACUGAGGUUAAAAAUAGGUCUGGUUCAGCAGGAGCCAGCACUGUUCUCCACAACUAUUUAUGAAAAUAUCAAGUAUGGAAACGAAAAUGCCUCAGAAAUUGAGAUAAUGAAAGCAGCCAAAGCAGCAAAUGCUCAUGGAUUCAUCAGCACAAUGCCUGAAGGGUACAAGACUCAUGUGGGUGAUAGGGGACUGCAAUUAUCUGGGGGGCAGAAACAAAGAGUGGCUAUUGCUAGAGCAAUACUGAAGGACCCUUCCAUUCUUCUAUUGGAUGAAGCUACUAGCGCAUUGGAUACUGCAUCAGAGAAGCUGGUUCAAGAGGCUUUGGAUAAGCUUAUGGAAGGACGAACAACAGUUAUGGUAGCCCACAGAUUGUCCACCAUUCGUGAUGCAGAUAGCAUUGCUGUGCUACAACAUGGGAGGGUGGCUGAAAUUGGCAGCCAUAAACAGCUCAUGGGAAAACCUGGUAGUAUUUAUAAGCAAUUAAUUAGCCUGCAACAAGAAGAGAGCAUACAGUCAUAAGUAAUUAUCUUCAACAACUCAACUAUUGAGUAAUAAGGACUCCAAGCCUAACAAAAUCUUAGUUGCCUGUAAAUGAAGUUAUGCAUAUAAGAACUUCCAUUUAAAACUGAGCAUAUUCUUCAGGCACUAAGUUGUUUGCAAGAGAUUUUUGUAUACUUGAAAUGCAUCACUGAAAGGAAUGUUAUUGUAAUCUGUUGAUACUACAGGCGUUUGAUGUCUUAGAAUUUUGAUACAUUUUUCUCUGCAA